AUGGCCAAGGCCAAAAUUAAUACCGUCCGCAGGGAUGGUGAGAAUACAGGAGACCCAGACAACGAGGAGGACCGCCGUCUCCUGUCGGGCAAUUCCUCUGACAACGAGGACCUGGUCGUCCAUCCGAGCCGCAACGGCUCCCUAAGCACAGAGCCUCGAACUCCACGAACCCCCAACCGCGUGCGAUUCGACCUGCCUCCAGCUGUAGAUACCGAUCUCGAUGGAAAUGGUGCCCCUCCGCCCUACAUCGACUCUGCUGUGUCCGGGCGCCGCGAUGCCCGCCCGCAAACCUUUGUCCCUCUGCUCACGGAUAUCGAGGCGCCCUCGGUGACUCUGGCAGCGAGCCCCUGGGGCAGCGACGAGGAUGUGCACGAAUGGGCGGAGAGCGAGCGGCUGCGACCGAAAUCAGGGCUCCGGUCUGCGUUCAUGAACAUGGCAAACUCGAUCAUUGGCGCAGGAAUCAUUGGGCAGCCCUACGCACUGCGGCAAGCUGGUAUGCUCACAGGCGUCAUACUGCUUAUCGGGCUUACCAUCACCGUGGACUGGACGAUACGCUUGAUUGUGAUCAACAGCAAGCUGAGUGGGAGUAAUAGCUUUCAGGGAACGGUGGAGCACUGCUUUGGGCGAUCGGGGCUGAUUGCGAUCUCGGUCGCGCAGUGGGCGUUUGCUUUUGGGGGCAUGGUGGCGUUUGGCAUUAUUGUGGGGGACUCCAUCCCGCAAGUUUUGGCGGCUGUGUUCCCAGGCUUGAGCGAUGUACCGGUUUUGGGGCUUCUGACCAACAGAAGGGCUGUUAUUGUCAUUUUCAUAUUGGGCAUUAGCUAUCCCUUGAGCUUGUACCGGGAUAUCGCUAAGUUGGCAAAAGCAAGUACAUUGGCGCUGAUCAGUAUGGUUGUCAUUCUGUUUACAGUCAUUACGCAGAGCUUCGCCGUUCCGACAGAAUCGAGGGGCACCUUUAGCAAUCCUCUGUUGACGAUCAACAGUGGGAUCUUUCAAGCCAUUGGAGUCAUAUCUUUCGCAUUUGUUUGCCAUCAUAACUCCCUCCUGAUCUAUGGUUCUCUAGAGACACCCACGAUCGACCGGUUCGCCCGGGUAACCCACUACAGCACCAGUAUCUCCAUGUUAGCAUGCGUCGCCAUGGCCCUGGCCGGCUUCCUCACCUUUGGCUCUCUCACCCAAGGCAAUGUCCUCAACAACUUCCCCUCCGACAACAUCAUGGUGAACAUCGCCCGCCUCUGUUUCGGCCUCAACAUGCUCACCACCCUCCCCCUCGAAGCCUUCGUAUGCCGCGAAGUCAUGUUCAACUACUGGUUCCCCGACGACCCCUUCAACAUGAACCUGCACAUCAUCUUCUCCAGCGCGCUUGUCGUUAGCGCCAUGACGCUCAGUCUCAUCACCUGCGACCUCGGAGCGGUUUUCGAGCUGAUCGGCGCCACGAGUGCGUGUGCUCUGGCCUACAUCCUCCCUCCGCUGUGCUACCUGAAGCUGAGCACGAGGAGUUGGAAGACGGGGCCGGCGAUUGCGUGUGUGGUGUUUGGGUGUGUGGUCAUGGCCAUUAGUUUGGUGCAGGCUGUGGCGAAGAUGAUACGGAAUGAAGGGGGCACGACACAGUGCCAGUAG